ACAGUCACUAAAAUGUGUUUACCAAAAUGUUUACUUCUUGUCCUAAUAACUCGCUUUAUUUCAACUGGAGCCGAGAUAAAUCUCGAAAACAACGCUUGUUCGUCAAUAGAGGCUUAUCAUGUUGCCCAAGUGAGCAAAAAGUGUUACUACAACCAGGAUGUGUUAUCAGAUGUUCCCGGAAUGGCAACUAGACAUGGUUACAAAUCCGAAACUUUUACAGUUACCACUAGUGAUGGUUACAUUUUAACCAUUUUUCGCAUUAUUUCAAAUAUAACCGAACCGGUGAAGGGCCCUGUGUUUAUCCAACACGGGAUUUUGGGCACUUCGGCGUCAUGGGUGGCCAUUGGCAACAGAUCUCUUGCGUUUUAUCUAGCAGAUCGAGGAUAUGAGGUUUGGUUAGGUAACACGAGAGGCUCCUAUUACUCCAAUAAACACGUCAGUUUAUCAAUCGACAAUCCUGAAUAUUGGGACUUUGAUGUGGACACUAUUGCGUCCAUCGACAUUCCCACUCAACUCAAAUUCGUUUUCAGUAAAACCGCUGAAAAAAUCACUUAUAUCGGGCAUUCCAUGGGCACUUCAGUCAUUUUCAUGUAUGUUUCAAGUAAUGUGGAAGCUGAAAAUUACGUUAAACAAAUUCUUGCUCUCGCACCCAUCGCUUACAUUAACGAUGUUCCCAUACUUGAGUUUGUGAGGCCUUUAGGAUCGUUUUUGGUCAAUAUUUUAGAUUUUGGCGAUGUCACUGGUCUGUUUUACCAUGAGGACGCAAUUCAUGGUCUAUUAACCCAAAUUUGCAAAAACACAGCACCUGAACUGUGCUAUAUUCUUAUCGGUCUCACGUCGGGAAAAACCCUUCAAUUUCCACCUGACGACCUCUUGCUGUAUUACAGUUAUUGGCCGGGUGGAAUUUCCAUCUACAUACUCAAACAAUAUUUGCAAAUUAUUCAAAGUAAACAAUUUCAAAAAUUUGACUACGGGGCACAAAACAACCAACUUUACGGCACGAAAACACCCCCAAUUUACAAUCUAUCGGAAAUUACGCUACCAACUCAUUUAUUUUACGGAGAAAACGAUAUUUUUUACAGAAAAGAGAAUAUUGAACGGCUAUACGACGAGAUAGGGAGUGCAAAGAAAACAGCAUUCUCAGUUGGCGCUGACGAAGAAAUGCCUUUUGACCACAUCGACUUUCUCUUUUCCGAAAAUCUCAUACAAUUUUUGUACACACAAAUGUCCAAUAUUUUGGACGGGAAUAAAUAA